AUGCUGAGAGGACUGAAGAUGCUGUGUCCUUUGUGGACGCUGCUGGCCAUGACCGUGUGUAGUGCGCUGACCAGGGUCCCAAGCAGCGAGUGCUGGCAGAGCGUCUUCUGCAAGGAGAACGACUACAUUUCUAAAGAGAACUGGAAGGAAUGCGAGGUGCUGUGCUCCAGGUCGGAGUUGACGGACGAGACGGCGCUCCCCCCAGGUGAGGGCCACCUACAGCCCCCAGAGCCCGAGGAGGAGGCGAGCGAGGACCUGGAGGAGAGUAACGCCCUGCCCACCUUCCCCCUCAGCCCCGCGCUGCCACCAGCAGCACCCCUGGACACGCUGCUGACCAAGCCAGCCUGGCCCCGGCAAGAGGAGAAGCGCACCUACGCCAUGGAGCACUUCCGCUGGAGCAAGCCAGUGGGCCGCAAGCGCCGACCAAUCAAGGUCUUCACCAACGACGUGGAGGAGGAGUCGUCCGAGGCGCUGCCAGCCGAGAUGCGGCGCGAGGCGGCGCUGGACGACGCGGCGGCGGUGGCGGCAGACUACGGAGUCGGCGUAGUGGCGGCGGAGAAACAGGAGCAGGACACGCUGGCGGGGCUGCUGCAACAGAAGAAGGACGCCGCUGCCGUGCCCUACGUCAUCAAGCACUUCCGGUGGAGCGCACCGCCUGCCGCCAAGAGGUACGGCGGCUUCAUGAAGUCCUGGGACGAGCGCAGCCAGAAACCCCUUCUGACUCUCUUUAAGAACGUCAUCAACAAGGAUGGACAGCAGAAAAAAGAUGAGUGA